AAACAUUUUUUAAUGUGCAUUGACAUUUCCUCCUGCAUGUGUAGUUUGAGCAAGAGUGCUAGAUCACAGACAGUUGUGAGCUGCCAUGUGGGUACUGGGAAUCGAACCCAGGUCCUCUGGAAGAGCAGCCCGAUGCUCUUAACCACCGAGCCAGCUCUCCAGCCCCCACUGUCAUCUUUUUGAUUAAACCAAUCAAGCACUAUAAAUUAGGUUGAAGAUUUUUCUCUCCUCAGUCCAAUUUCCAUUCCCUCUACAUAGGCCAGAGUUGUCAUGAAUUUGGUAAGAGUUUACAAUCACCCAAGAUAUUAGUAUAGGUUCCAAAGGCUCUGUGUACUUAUGAAUAUGGUGUCAUAACAUAUACAGUUCUGCAAAUUGCUUUUCUUUGUUCCACAUUGGUUCUGAAUUCUAUCUGCAGUCCUUUAUCCUUUGGCAGAAACAAAGUCAGUUCCUUCGCGCCCAUAUGUAUACCGCCACGUGAAUUUUCCUUCUCUGCUGCUGCACACUCAAGUCGUUCAGAUUAGGCGUGUGCCACCAUGGCCCCCCUGAAUACGUGUGCUUUUGAGGGGCAUUUACAAUCUAAACCAUGACACCAUUUUAUAGCAUUUUUUUUUAUUUGAGUAAAGUUUUUCUUUCUUUUGUUUUGUUGUUUUUCUUGUUUUUCAAGACUGGUUUCUCUGAGUAGCCAUGGCUGUCUUGGAACGCACGCUGUUGAUCAGGCUGGACUCGAACUCAGAGACGCACCUGCCUCUGCUUCCUAGGGCUGGGCUUAUAAUUGUGCACCACUAACAGUUGGCUUGAUCAAAGUUUCUUACACCUUUAAAGGGCAAGAGGCAAGAACUCUAAACACACAGUGAAGGCUGCCAGUGUGCUUGCCGUGGGGGGAGGAGUACACGGGUGAGUGUCAGUGGGUUCCUCUUCUAUAGACUAAAUUGUUGGCGAUGCACUGGGUUUCCACCACCCUGCAAGAUGUCAGUGUAAGCACUCGGGGUCGGACUGACAAAAGAAAAGGAAUGCUAAUUAUUAAAGUUCAAUGGGUGGAGAAAUGAGAGCUGAGGAGAUUCUCUGGAAGACAAGGGAUUUGGGAAAGGGGGCAGUUCUGGGCUAAAGGUUUGGCGAGCGGUUUAAGCCAUCAGGACAAGAGUUCCGCUGAAUUUAGUACAGGAGAGACAGUUUGAGUUCCUUUCCCAGUACGAAAAUAAAAUAAAAGCUGGAACAAAUGAUCUUCGUUAUUGUUUCUUCCGGAAUUGAAACUUCAAAUGUCACGAUUGUUAAUUAAAGAGGAAACCAGGUUGACUUUUAAAAACCAUUAUUCCUCACCAUCACUUACCACAGACCGUAGGUGGUGGGAAGUGUGAUGUUAGAGAGCCAAUAGUAGAUGGAGGACUUGGCUUCCACGCUGUUAUUUCUUCUCAGCAUCUGUCCCUGGACCAAAUCCCCAAAUGGAGGCUAAAGGAGUGGCCGAAGUGUAAGCGCCUGUCUCUCUGGUUGGUUCGUAGUGUUCUGUUCUAUAAAACCAUAAGGCACUUUGCAGAAUGCGUGCCCGGGGAGAGAGCUGGUUAAACUGGGUCCUAUUAAGCACGGAUUGUCAGGCGUCCCGGUUUUUUAUUCGGCGCCCCGGUCUCAGGAGCCGGCUCUACUUUUCGUGGCUGGCACUGGAGCCCGUGAACUUUUUUUUAUUUUUUUAGCCGACUGGUACGAGGAGCUUGGGAGAAACGGCGACUUCCGAGGCGAACCGCGCGUAGGGCAGGUGGCGGCGGCCGGGCCGGGCAACGCAGGAAGCGGCCGGCGGGGCGGAGCGGGCGGGCGACGGGGAACGAGGCCGCGGGCGCCCCGCCCGGGCUGGUAUGCGGCCGGGAGUGACGCGGGAGGAGGGGUCACGUGACGCCCGUGGAAUGCCAACAAUGUAGCGAAUGUCCCGCUCGGGUCUGUGCGUCGGAACCGCGGCGUGAGCGCCCCGGGAAGAUGGAGCCGCCGCCGCCACCAGCGCCGCCACCGCUUCUCCGGGCUCCCCCGACCCUACGGGGUCAGCAACCACUGCCGCCACCGGCGCCCGGUCUCCCGGCGCGCGAGGUCCCGGAGCCGCGGGCCAGGAUGCCGCCGAGGGUGUAGAGCGCUCCCGGAGGGAAUGAUGAUCUUCAAAAUGAAAACUCUGGAAAUUUUUAGGUUCUCUUUAGAAACUACAGAAAUUGAAGGACAGAAGAUGUUUGAAAGGAAGCUGUUCUGAAAAUAUGUUUACAAUUAACUGAUGCGAUUGCCCGUUCUCUUUUUAAAUAAUAAGACACAUUGAGAAGAUUGUAUUUAUGGUAAAAGGAAACUGGACUAACGAUGAGGCCAAAGACUUUUCCUGCCACAACUUACUCUGGAAAUAGCCGGCAGCGAUUGCAAGAGAUCCGUGAGGGGCUAAAGCAGCCGUCCAAGUCUUCCACCCAAGGGCUGCCUGUGGGACCAAACAGUGAUACUUCCCUGGACGCCAAAGUCCUGGGGAGCAAAGAUGCCUCCAGGCAGCAGCAGAUGAGAGCCACCCCCAAGUUUGGACCUUACCAAAAAGCGCUCAGGGAAAUCCGAUAUUCCCUACUGCCUUUUGCCAAUGAAUCGGGCACUUCGGCCACAGCAGAAGUAAACCGGCAGAUGCUUCAGGAGUUGGUGAACGCCGGAUGUGACCAGGAGAUGGCUGGCAGAGCUCUCAAGCAAACAGGCAGUAGGAGUAUUGAAGCAGCCUUGGAGUACAUCAGUAAGAUGGGCUACCUGGACCCCAGGAAUGAGCAGAUUGUCCGGGUCAUCAAGCAGACCUCCCCAGGAAAGGGCAUGGUGCCCACCCCGGUGACACGGAGGCCCAGUUUCGAGGGCACAGGGGAAGCAUUCCCAUCCUACCACCAGCUGGGAGGUGCAAACUAUGAGGGCCCUGCUGUGCUGGAGGAGAUGCCACGGCAAUAUUUAGACUUCCUCUUCCCGGGGGUCAGCCUGCACAGCACCCCUGGUCACCAGCACCCUCCCAAAGGCUACAGCGCAGCGGCGGAGGCUGGAGCACACUUCCCGGGCGCACACUAUGGUCGCACUCAUCUGGUAGCGGAGCAGCCGGGAUACGGGGUGCAGCGCAGCCCCUCCUUCCAGAGCAAGACACCACCAGAUGCCUAUUCCGGCCUGGCCAAAGCCCAGGGUGGCCCUCCUGCCAGCCUCGCCUUCCCUGCCCACUCUGGGCUGUAUACCACUGCGCACCACAAGCCGGCCACUGUGGCUCCCGGGGCCCACCCACUGCAUGUGUUGGGUGCGCGGGGCCCCACCUUCGCUGGCGAUAGCCCCACGCAGGCAGUUCUGACGCCAUCCAGGAACAGCCUCAAUGCCGACCUGUAUGAGCUGGGCUCCCCAGGACCCUGGUCUGCAGCCCCACUGACUCGCCGUGACUCGCUGCAGAAGCAGGGUCUAGAGGCCGCCCGGCAGCACGUGGCCUUUCGGACAGGGCCCAGCAGGACCAACUCCUUCAGCAGCCCACAGCCCGAGCCCUCGCUGCCCGCCCCCAACACGGUCACCGCAGUGACGGCUGCGCACAUCCUGCACCCUGUAAAGAGUGUGCGUGUACUGCGACCCGAGCCCCAGACAGCCGUGGGUCCCUCUCACCCUGCCUGGGUGCCUGCACCCUCAGCACCUUCCACGGAGAGCCUGGAGACCAAGGAAGGCAGCACAGGCCAGCACCCACUGGACGUGGACUAUGGUGGCUCUGAGCGCAGGUGCCCACCGCCACCUUACCCCAAGCACCUGCUGCUACCCAGCAAGGCCGAGCAAUACAACCUGGAUGUGGAUAGCCUAUGUGCAGGUGUCGAGCAGAGUCUGCGUGGGGGCGCCGAGCAGGACAGGAGCGACAAGAGCCACAAGGGUACCAAGGGAGACAAAGCUAGCAGGGACAAAAAACAGAUCCAGACCUCCCCGGUGCCCGUCCGCAAGAAUAGCAAGGAGGAAGAGAAGAGAGAGUCCCGCAUCAAAAGCUAUUCCCCCUGUGCCUUCAAGUUCUUCAUGGAACAACAUGUAGAGAAUGUCAUCAAAACCUACCAGCAGAAGGUCAGCCGGAGGCUGCAGCUGGAGCAGGAAAUGGCCAAAGCUGGACUCUGUGAGGCUGAGCAGGAGCAGAUGAGGAAGAUCCUCUACCAGAAGGAGUCCAACUACAACAGACUCAAGAGGGCCAAGAUGGACAAGUCCAUGUUUGUGAAAAUCAAAACUCUGGGCAUUGGCGCCUUUGGAGAAGUGUGCCUUGCCUGUAAGGUGGACACUCACGCCCUGUACGCCAUGAAGACUCUGAGGAAGAAAGACGUCCUGAACCGGAACCAGGUGGCCCACGUCAAAGCCGAGAGGGACAUCCUGGCUGAGGCGGACAACGAGUGGGUGGUGAAGCUGUACUACUCCUUCCAGGACAAGGAGAGUCUCUACUUCGUGAUGGACUACAUCCCUGGUGGGGACAUGAUGAGCCUGCUCAUCCGGAUGGAGGUCUUCCCUGAGCACCUGGCCCGAUUCUACAUCGCAGAACUGACUCUGGCCAUUGAGAGUGUCCACAAGAUGGGCUUCAUCCACAGGGACAUCAAGCCCGACAACAUCUUAAUCGACCUGGAUGGCCACAUUAAGCUGACAGAUUUUGGCCUCUGCACCGGAUUCAGGUGGACUCACAAUUCCAAGUACUACCAGAAAGGGAACCACAUCAGACAGGACAGCAUGGAGCCCGGUGACCUCUGGGAUGAUGUUUCCAACUGUCGUUGUGGAGACAGACUGAAGACCCUGGAGCAGAGAGCUCAGAAGCAGCACCAGCGGUGUCUGGCUCACUCUCUGGUUGGGACACCAAACUACAUCGCGCCCGAGGUGCUUCUCCGCAAAGGGUACACACAGCUCUGUGACUGGUGGAGUGUCGGCGUGAUUCUUUUUGAGAUGUUGGUUGGGCAGCCCCCUUUCUUGGCACCUACCCCCACGGAAACCCAGCUGAAGGUGAUCAACUGGGAGAACACGCUACACAUCCCAACGCAGGUGAAGCUGAGCGCCGAGGCCCGCGACCUCAUCACCAGGCUGUGCUGCUCAGCUGACAACCGCCUGGGCAGGGAUGGGGCCGACGACCUCAAGGCACACCCGUUCUUCAGCGCCAUCGACUUCUCCCGCGACAUACGGAAGCAGCCCGCACCAUACGUCCCCACCAUCAGCCACCCCAUGGACACCUCCAAUUUUGACCCGGUAGAUGAAGAAAGCCCUUGGCACGAGGCCAGCGGGGAGAGCACCAAGGCCUGGGACACACUGGCAUCCCCCAACAGCAAGCACCCGGAGCACGCCUUCUACGAGUUCACCUUCCGCAGGUUCUUCGACGAUAACGGCUACCCUUUCCGGUGCCCGAAGCCGUCAGAGCCAGCCGAGAGCACAGAUGAGGGGGAUGCAGAGCUGGAGGGUGCUACCGAGAGCUGCCAGCCAGUGUACGUGUAAAAGUGCCAGUGGCCUCACAUUUUGUGAAACUCUGAUCUUUGUCAAGAAAACACGAAACAAGAUUUUUUAAAGACAAACUCAAGUUAGGGAUCCUUCGUUUCUAGUUCUGGUUAAUGGGCAACAGGGAGGGUCACCAUGACUUCGAAUUGGUCCUCUGAGGACCUUCACUGCGUCAAAACAAUAUUUUUAAAACUCCAGUACAAUAUGGAAAGAGCACUUAUUUUAUGGACACCCAUUUUUCUUACUAAAUUAUAAGGAUUAACUUUGACAAAUCAUGCUGCUGUUCCUUCCAUUUGUGUUUUUAUCUGAUAGCACUUGUCCACAUUUAGAAAGAACAUGUGAUGAGAAGUCUGUGCAAUAAGUGAGAACAAGACCGCGCUCCGCUCCGGGUCCCGGAGACCGUUCAUCUACACAGUGCUCUGUUUAUAUCCCCACAUUUCAGAAUUGUGAUGUAACGUUUAAAAGCUGCUUUUGUGCUUUUUCCUUUGCAUAUUAUACUAGGAAGAGUGAGCAGAGAGAAGGUGGUGACUCCAGUGUCUGAUUGUGGGAAGCGCUGCACGGGCAGGGUUCCUGAUAUAAAAUUACCGUAUCUUGCCGUUCACAGCAGGUCCUGUGAAUAUGUUUUUAAAUGAGGUAUUCUAGAAAGUGUGCUGAUAAUGUAUUGUGUGGGUGAUGAUUGUAGCCCUUAUUGUUAAAGAAAUGCAUAUGUGUAACUGAAGUGUGAUUUUUCUUUUCUUUAACGUGUGUGUCUUGCAUAUGACUGGGUUCUUUGGAGGCAAAUGUAAACGUUUGUCAUAUAUAAAACACAUCAAAAGGGAUUAAUUCAGCUCUGCCAAAACAUUGGACAUAAUCACAUCACUCUGUCCGUUUCUGUAGUCCAGUACGCUGUCAGUCUUGGUAUGUGGAAGGUGUGGCAGGAGCCUACUACUUCAUUUUUUCACUAACGGGUUCCCACACCUACAGGCGAGGUAAGUGUUGUUUCCUGUUACCUCAGUCAGCCAAGGUGUUACCAUGAGACUGUGUUUCUUUCAUAUGUUGAGGUGUCAAAUCUUAAUAUGGCUUAACCAACGCAUUUUUUAACUUUGUAAAAAGAAAAGGAUUCUUCAGAGUGACAUUGAAGUAUAAAAACAAGCCAUACAUUCUUUCUUAGACAUAUAGGUGUAUAUAUAACUAUAGAUAAACACAAAAUAUUCCUAUUUCAAAUUAGUAUGGUUCCUAUUUAAAGUGAUUUCUAUUUGAAUACAUUCAAUUUCUUUUGCUUUUUAAAAGAAGAAUGCAUCACGUUUCCAUUAUCCUAUUCCACAUGUUUUCCUCGAGGGUCUUAGCAUAGUGUACCCAUUACUUAGUAUGUAUCUAGGCAGAAACACUGACAAAUUUACCUAUGUCUAAGAAACAUUCCUGUGUCGUGGUUUACAUUUGUAUGAAUGGCGAAUUCUGAAGUCUGCUGUGCUUGUAUUGUGACUCACAGUCUUCUCGCUAGUUUAGAGUAACGCCGUGUCAUUUACAACGCUCUCAUAUAGUUUCGUGUGGUAGGUUCUUUCUCAGGAACUCGAUUUAACUAUUAUUUAUUGAUAUAUCAUUGCCUUUGAAAGCUUCUACUGGCACAAUUUAUUAUUAAAACUUUAAACCCAA